UGGCCCGUGUGUUGAUGGGUCUACUGGGUUCCUGCUGCUGGGUGGCAGGGUUGCUCGUCGUGUCCAUGCUCGGAUCGACGGCUGUGCGUCCUGCGGUCUUCGGGCCGGAGCCGGGGGACUGUGUGUGUCCACGCUCGCUCGGGUCUUUCCGGACGCUCUCGGAAUCGUCCGUUUCGUCGAGGCAGUGGAAGUAACGGCUCAGUGACUCAGUAGCUCAGUAGGUCAGAGAUGUGUGUGGGGUUUUCUUUUUUAAAUGACAAACUGACAAAAACAAAGUUAACGUAAAGGCGAAACAUCCCUCCGAACAGGAAUCCGGUUUAUUCUGCAGCCAGCUGUCCCGGGACUGGGCGAGCGGACAGGCGGUUUGUUUGGUACAAAACAGAUUUCAUAUUUCACACCGAGCCCGGGUAUUGUCAUCGAGGCAGCUGUAAGUUCGUCAGUGAGUCUCAGCUUUCAAAGUGCCUCUGCACUUUACAACAUGCUGCUGUCCCGGGACCCUUCGGCUCCACAUAUCCAUUGCUUGUAAUUCCAUGCUUCUCCAUGCCUUUGUUGGCAUCUAAUGGAAGAAAAAGCAUCGAUCAGGUCAGCCAUGGUAUCCAGACUUCCUAAAUUCGGUGGACGCUCCUCGACUACUGGCGCUAAUCCCUUGUCCAAUGGUUCCACCCGGCCAACCACCCCUACCCAGGAUGGUAUGACUACUCCCCCUGGAACACAGCAAAACGGUUUGAUCCGUGCCUCUCCUUUUAACUUAAAAUGGAAGAGAGAUGAUGGGAAGACCCUUCCCAGCCCCAGCAGCCCUCUAGAUAGAGAUGAAGACAAGGCUCAGACACAGCGUCCCUCAUUGGCAAAGGAGGUAAAGAAUGAGUCUCCUGGGACACCCAAGAUUCGAAGGUCAGGUACUUUGAUGGUUGCUGUGUCUAGCCCCAAGGCAAUCCCCAAGCAAUCCUCAAAGAUGAGUCCCAAAGUGGGGCCUAAGCUUGGCCAAAGCCAAUUGAAUGGAGGUACUAAAAUUGCUCAUACUGGCUCCAGCAUUCCUGCUCAGACAGGGUCAGAUUCCCGCCUUGUGCGCCCAAGGUUAGGCUCUAGCACUCCCAGAAGCAGCUCUCAAGAUAGCCUGUCCAGUGACAGCCUGAAGACCUUGGCACUUGACAACAUGGUGCGUUCUAAUAGCUUCACUCACUUCAAGCAAAUUCCCUCUCCCACAACCCAGCCUAUGACGCGGUCCUUCUCCUUUAACCGGGCUGUGGAGCUAGCCAAGCCUCUGGCCAACACUCAGCUUCGGCCUCCCCGUAGUACUUUUCUCAAACCACCUCAGCUGAGCAAUGGAAGAGUGGGUUUAGGACUCGGAGGCCUGAAUGGCAGCCUGGGAGGUUCAGGAGGUCUAGAUGGAGGACUUGGAGGACUUCAUCAGUACAGCAGAACUCCUCCAACUGUCUCCUCUCUGCCUACCUCUUCAAUUCCUUCAGCACCCACCACUCCCAGUGCUCUGAAGAAGCCUCUUUUCCCCAGUUGUGUGCUGACCAAGUCACUGGGCAGCAAUGGGGGACCUCUGGGCUACAGGCUGGUUCGAUCUGUGCAGGCCAAGCAGCAGAAGCCUCUUUUUCCAGGUAGAGUCAAGGGGGAUAUGAGACCUUCCACUGCCCAUGAGUGCGGCGAGCUAUUAGACAUUGAGCCUAACGAUGAGGCUGAAAAAGCAGACUCUCACAGUGACAGUGAUGGAAGCUCUGGAGAUGGAGGAGGGAGUUGUGCACUCAGGCAAAGCUUGGGCCCGGCAGCAGUCGAGACUCUGGAGGACAUGUCCUUAUCAUCUGCCUCAUCCCUAGACAGAGGUGAAACCAGUGAAGAGUUUCUAGAUGACUUUGAAAGUACCGGAGAUGUGCUCAGCGAUGGGGACAUGCCUGACAACAGGAAAGCUGACACCACUACCCAAACCCGCCUCCACAGCUUUCUCAAUGAUACCAUUGACUGGGACAGUAUCGAGAUUGAAGGAAAUAAAGAAGAUAGCCCUAUGGAGGACUCCCAGGGACCACUAGUGUUCUCUCCAGAGCAAGGUGAUGUCCCCCAGGCUUCCUCUGUGGAGCUGUCGCCCUCCAACAGCUCCGGUGGAACUUACAUGUGGGAUGAGGAGGGUCUUGAGCCUCUGGGGAGACCUGGGACUCAUCCAUUAGACAGCUAUGAUGAUUCAGAGCUCAACAGCAUGGAUAUCCUGAACAACCUGGACCCGCGGGGAACCGGAGAGCUGGAUGAUGAUGACCUCAUGCUGGAUGUGGACCUUCCAGACGACGGCUUGCAUGACGUUGACAGGAUGUCACAGGCUGAGCGCUCAGGGAGGGCCGGGCGGCAGGGGCAGCGGCGGAAACACUACCACUGGAGUGGACCAGAUCACUUCCUCAGUGACGGCAGGGCUCACGUCUUCCAGCAUUAUGAGGGACUCAAGUCGCCGAGGAUCUCUUCACGGCCGCCCCCCUCUGAAGCCAGGCAGCACGGCUGCACGGCAACGCUGGACGGACUCAAACUCGAGCACAUGACUGACGAUUGCAGCUCUCUCAAGAACCAGCUGCUCAGGCUCAGGACAUUGUUACAGCUGGAGGAUACAGACUCUCCAGCAGAUGCUCCUGAGGGGAUUGAAGACAAUACCACUGCAUCACAGUUGGACGAGCUGAUUAGGGAGGUGCAGGUGCUCAGAGAGGAGCUGAGGAGUCGAGACGAGACCAUCGCUCAGCUCACGUUACAGUGUCAACAGCUGCAACAACAACAUCAGCGGGAACAAAUGGCUGCUCCGGGACGUCAGGUCAGGUGUCAGUGCCACCACCAGAGGGCGCCCUCUUCACUACGACAGGGCGACAGACCGAUGGACAAACGGACGCAGCAUCGCUAUGACAAGGCCACCCAGACAUACUGGAGACCAGCCAGCCAAGCUCCUCAAAUACUACAGCCUUUCAACCCCUGCCUCAACGAGCACCUCCGUCAGGGAAGAAUAGUAAAAACUCCCCCCACCGAGGCCCCCAGUGAUCUGAGUGGAGAUGCUGAUUGCCGUCAUGAAGGCCUUAUGACAGAUGAGACUGGCCCUGCAUACCCCGACAAGCGGAAUCAUCUCCUCAGCAACCGACAACACUGGCCGGACUCUGGGGCUCCACGGGGGGUAACUGCUCGAGACGGGCCAACAUCAGCAGCUCCUUCUGCAGAGCAGCAUGAAGGGAGAGCCCCCACUGGGAUGCUGCAGAACUCUGUCACUCCCGGACCCGCUGGUCCCACUUGCCCUCGCUUGCUGCAGCCUCCUCGUCUACACAAGCGCGUGUCUCUCCCUGCGCUUAAGCCAGGGGGCGCUGGUGGCUUCGCCUCUCUGAAGCUGGGGUCUUCCUUAGGGCCUCUGGCGAACCGGACCAAGCAGCUGCCCCCUCCCUCUAGAGGCCUUCCCUGCUUCAAUGCCGGACCCCAGUUGCAGGCUCCGAGUCUACGUCGCACUUCACUACUUCAGCCUCGCAGAGCAACGGACCCUUGCAGGGAUCUGCGCUGCACCAACUCCACCCUGGACGAGCCAGACCAGGGGAUGCUCAAAGACCCCGGGUCAGACAAGAUCCUGAUCUGUUUGAGCCGAUCAUGCCUCCCCAAGCCAAAGAUCCCCUGAGCUGCUUAAACCCACCCAUCAAAACUUAAAACUGGAAUCAUUCUGACGCUGGUGUUCAUCCCCUUCUUGUCCCGGCCAUGGUAACAGUGACUGUUUUACCUUAUGAGAGUCAAAGGAACAUUCACUGAGCCCAUCAACCCAUUUGGACCGUUCAGAGACUGCCUGUGUCGGUGACAUUGCUAUCGCGGCUGCUGUACAGUAACAUUUCUGGCUUUCAUAACUCCCGCUUGACUGGUUGAUUGAAACAAAGUACGCAGCAGGAUCGUAUCCUCACUGUCGUAAAUGAGAGCUUUAAAGAAGUAGAAAUGUCCACUUUACUAGUUUGGCACAUGCUCAUGAAUUCUGUGAAUAUUAUCAUUCAGAGAAGUCGGGUCUUUGUUUUUUUCUGUACUGCCCUCUGGCUAUUGCCAAAUUUUGAAAGUCUAAGUUCACUUGUCCUCGAACAGCUGUGCCCUCUGACACGCAGGAGCGUUUGGUUGUAAACACGGAGGUGACAUGACAUGACCUUUUGACGUGUAAUGGAAGGCCCAGGGGAGGAUGGAGGCAAAAACAAGGAGUGAGAAAGAAAGAAAUAGUAUUAAAUAAAAAUAAGAGAAACAAUGUAAGUGAAAUGGGGGCUAUAGACUGACGAGCACAUUUGUCAAAGCUCUCUGAGGCUGUCACUUUAAAAUUAGUAUAAUAUAUUAUAUAUACAUAUAUACGUAUAUAUACACACAUAGAUACAUGUGUGAGAGAAACAGGGAGGGGACGGAGAGGACAGCAGAUCCACGCUGCAUGUCUGUUUCUAUAGUACAUCCUGCACCCUGCACAUUUAGCUGAAGGGGGUCGCAGACCUUCUGUGUGAAUGAACUCAGAUGGAAAUAUGGGCCUAUAAUAAACAAUCUGGUGCUGGUGGCGCGGAUGAAAGGACAAACAGUACACAUGUGAGGAGCUCGCUUUCAUAGUGUAGAAAAGAGCAGCUCAGGUACAAUGUAGACGCGCACAAAGUACUCCAACACUCGGAAGCAUCUGUUAUUCCACGGCUACUUUGUGCAUUUUGAGAGACAGGCAGGCAGUGAGGAGUAGCAGGAAGCUUGAUGAAAGAGCGCACGGCACGCAACAAAGCUCCUAACACUGGGAAUUAAAGUGCUUAAGUAGACCAAAAGAAAAUCCACAUUUCAUUCCAAAUGAAUUAAUUUCAAAAGUAAUGGGAACAUUUAAAGCUGCUGCCUCAUUUUGCCAGAUUAAGAUUUGAUGCAACAAUUUGAGAGAAAAAAAUAUCAUGAGUCAAUUAAAUAUCUCCUUUGAUGACUGGCACAUAUGGAAGCAUCGGCUAUCAAGGACUCAUCAGACGUGUGUGAAGCUGCUGCCUGGCCGUGUGUGUGUGUGUGUGUGAGCUGCGUGUCGCCCCCCCCCCAUCUCCUCUCGCUCUCUUGCACAUCUCUUUGGGAACAUCAAAGGUAUUAGUGGGUUAUUUUCAGGUAGGGAGCCCUCGGGGCUUUACAGGUGUUUCUCUGUGAGUUUUGUAGAGUUGAGUUUAUCUCUCUCCUUCGCGGAGCCUUUCGCAGUCGAACCCUCCCGUAAAUGUCCCCUAUCAGAGGGCAGCAGUGUGUUAAAAAGGCCUUCUGACAGCAGCUCUGCUCUCUUCUCUGUCACGCCACGUGACCACUUGGUGUCCGCCCCUGGCAUGGUCCGGUCUACUGCGUCCAAUAAUGCACCCUACAUAGACUUAGUGAGACAGACAGAGGGAGAGGGGGAGAGACACGCACGACCACACACACUCACACACACACACAUUCACACGUACACAUCAACACCCACACAAGUUACAUCGACGCAGGAAGUCUGACAAAACUCAAAGGGACACAAACUCAGUAGGAGCACACCCAUCAGUUCACACUUCCCAGCAGCCGCACAAGUGCAGCAACACGCACACACACGCACACAAACGCACACACACACAAUUUGAAUUCUAUACCGAAGAGCCGAGUGCAUGAAAACAUGAACACAUAGAGUUUUGUUAGCUCUCCAAGUUCACAUUGUUCCAUUUGUCUGCUGUCGCCAAAAACAGACGGGUGCCUUUGGAUGACUCUGGAAUUGAAUAAAAUAGGUAGAGACUUAGGGAGAGAGAGAGAGAGAGUGUGUGUGUGUGUGUGUGUGUGUGUGUGUGUCCGUGUGUGUGGAUCCAUGUGGCUGAUAGAACAUGUUUACCUGUUCUAUGUGGCUCAACAUUGUGCCAAACCAUCCAAGCAGUCAAACCCCACCCCCACUAAAAAAAAACCUAACAACAACAACCCGAAUUUCCUCUAAAGAACAGAAACGGAGAGAGAGAGAGAAACAUGCAGACGAUGAGGAAAGGUGCUCGGUGAGGGACAAUGAGAUGGAGCUGCGGAAAGGGACGAGAGCAAGAGAUGCCGUGAUGAACUAGGGAUGUCGGUACGUGAUCCGGAAAAGCCGGUUCGGUCAGUCACUGUGACUGUUUGAAACCUUGGGAAUGUGUGUAUGGGCGAAGAGAGGCAGACAGAAUACAUUUGCACGGUUUGUUUGUGUGCGCUGUUGUCCAGUGAACAGCCCAAUUCCCUCAACUGUGUCACUCUCUGCUUAGUAAUGCCAAACAGGAAAUCAAUGUUGCCUGCUGUGUGUGUGUGUGCGCGUGCGUGCGUGCGUGCGUGCGUGCGUGCGUGCUCGCGUCUCCAGACACCUCUGGCUGCCAGUGUUUCUUUCUCAAAAGUGUGUGUGUGUGUAUGUGUGUGUGUGUGUGAGUGGGUGUGAGAGAGAGCGAGGCAGAGGGACACAGAGAUGUGAAUGCCCACAGGCCAGAGGCAGACCCAUGCCAGGGAAAGCAGGGCAGUGCCAUCCUUCUAUCUCCAGAUCAAUGUCCCUGCUCGCUUUAGCAGUCCAGACAAUCACGCUGAGGCAAAACAACUACAACUGGGCUGAACACCGACUGGAUUAAUUCCCAGACAGGCCCCUGGUUUACUUUAUUUUGCAAGAAGAUUUAGUAAUUAAAAUAUAACAGUGACAAAAUGUCAUUUUCAAAUCAAAAUGGCCGACUUCCUGUUGCGUUUAGGAUAUGGGUCCAAUUGAGUUUUAGGUGUGUUUGGACUUGAUAAAUGUGCGUGCCAAAUUUCAUCCAUGUAGGUGAAACCUUGACGAGGGGCUAAAUUUUAGCAAAUUCGAAGGUGGCGCUAUUGAGGCAUUUUUGCCAUGCCCGUGAACAAGAUUAAUUUCACAACGAAUGGCACACCUUUUCAGCAAGUCUGCAAAUUUUAGGGGCCUUUUCAUGAACGUUGAGGUUGUGCAAUACGCCCUCAAGUGGGAAGAAGUAUAAUAAGAAAAAACAAAGCAAAUACAAGAGGGUCGGUGCGAGGGCCCUAAUAAUGAUGCUGCAUUACACAACAGUAAAAUUAAGUUUCCAAAGGGGCCAGGUUGGCAGAAAGCUGCAUUUAGGCACUUACUACACGUUUUCAAUCUUAGAAGACAAUUUAUUUUAUUACAGCGAUGGUGCACAUUAACUUACAGACAUUACUUGACUUGUAAGAGGGAAAAUCCAGUGAUGUUUAUAACACAGAAUAGAAUACAGGCAUGUGUGCAGUUUUGUUUCACUUCAUAGCUAUCAUUUAUAAUUAAUCAAAUUGCUCUGUGUUAAUAUACAGAUAAUUGUCAGCCGGUUCACCUCAGCUCUGUGGAGCAUGUUUGUGACAUUCAGCUAAUUGUGUUUUAGUCUUAAAAAAAAUGUACUGUACAGUCAGUAUCAGGUGUACAUAGACAUGCUCCAUGCUGUGCCUCUGCUCUUUAAAUCACCUCUACCUGCUCCUGAGGAUGGUUAAACUCAAAAGUAAAGCGCUGGAUUUUGAAAACUGCAGAUUUUAGCUUUGGAGCGACUCCUCUCCCCGAGGCAACAGACACUCGAACAGAUCCACUACUCAUCAUGUCACUGUCGUCUUUUUCACCACAGCUCGAUGUUGAAGCACAUACCACAGUGUAGCUCUUCAUUCAUAUGUAUUUAUCACUGCAUCAUCUCGCUACACUACAUUUUUAGAGACAUUUUAUGCGAAUGAAAAAAGACAACACUUAAGCUUUUUUUUUAACUCUGAUCCGAUUGACAUUAGCUGUUAAGGCUAAAUUGAUAUUAGACUGGAUUUGCAGUACCAUUCAUUCUUUCCUCCCAGUUUGUCUCGGUUUUCAUGUGAGACAGUAAUAUAUGAUGACCCAAAAAUCGGACGGGUGUGUGUUGGCUAACUUUCCAUUGGAGCUGUGCUACCGUUCACUGUCAUCGUCACAUCAUUUCUUGCAUGUUUGACCAAUAAUCUCCAGUCAUGUUUGACUUCAGUGUUUGACGGUAGGUCAGAGUCAGAAUGUUGAACAUCAGCCACAGGUCCUACAGUGAGAGGUACAGUCAGUGCUGUUGGUGGAUUUGGAUCAUUGGCCCUCAGCACAAACGUAAAGCUGCUGAUCUCAGUAUAAGAUGGAAGAGAAACCUCAUUCUCUAUUUAUUUUUUCUUGUUUUUCACUGUCUCCUGGUUGUGUUUCUGUUGCAAUAAAGUAUGAUUGUGAGACAAAUACA